AUGGAAAAUAUAUUGGAUAUCUUAUAAAAGUUGACACAAAAUUAUAUUCAUAUGAAAUAGUUAGACGUUAUAGCGAAUUUUUAAAAUUAAAAAAUAAUCUUGAUAAUUAAAUCGAUAAAUAAGUUUUUGAAUAAUUUCCAAGUAAAAUUAUUUUUAGAAAAUUUGAAAAUGAAAACAUCGAAAAUCGUAAACAAUAAUUUAACUGGAGAUAAUAAAUAAAAUGGCUUAAUCCAGAUUGUAGGAUAAUAAACAAAUGAAGAACUUUUAUCAAAAAAUAAUCAUAUUUAAUGUUCUGCUGGACUUUAAUUAUUAGCUAGACUUAUGGAUUAUGAAUUUAAUUUAGACGCAGAGUCCUAUAUUUAAAUUUUUGCUGAAAAUAGUUUUUCUAAUGAAUUAAAAAAACUUAAACUUUAAAAACAUAUUUCCGAUUAACCUGCUAAUAAUUGUAGAUAAUAUUCGUUUCAAAUUUUGAAAAAAUAUUAAGAAAAAAAUAAUGAAUUAAAUUCAGAUUAAAAACUAAUGGAAAACUUUGAAAUAUCUUACUAAUCUUUACUUGAAUAUAAAAAAUGGCUUGUUUAAAAAUAUAAAGGAUCAUAAAAUUAACAUUGUGGUUAAAUAAGAUAAAAUAUUAACUUUCAAACUGAAAAUAAUAAUAAAUGUAUUUAGAAUGGAUAACUUAUUUUGGAAGAUUAAAUAUAUUUUUUACUUGAAAAAAAAGUUUGGAAACAACCAAAAAAAACGAAUUACGUUUAAAAAAUAAAAACAAGUUGCUGGUAAAUAUUUAAAAGAUUAUCUAUUUUUUAUUCAUAUAAAUAUAUAAUUUUAGUGAUAGUAAGCACUUUAAAAUCAGUUCAUAUUAUUAAAUUGAAAAAGAAUAAAUAAUAAGUUAUUUUUUAUAAAACUAAUAACUUUAUGAUAAUAGAGUAAAAUAAUAUUUUUUAUUUUUGUUUUUACUAAUGUUUUUUUUUUUUUUUUUCAAAAAGUUUAUUAAAUAUUAAGAACUUACUCAGGAUGAAGUGUAUGACAAAAACGAUUUGCCGAUUAUUCUUGAAUUAUUUUAGUCAAAUAAUAAGCAAAUAUAUUUUUUUAUAAAUUAGAAAAACUAGAAACAUAAAACCAAAUAAUCAUUUAUAAAAAAAAAUAUAAAAAAAUUAAAUAAAAUUUUAAACACAUUAAAAUUAAGAAAUAGGUUUAAUAUAAUUAAAAUAAUAUUGA